AUGGGCAAGCCAGUCGUUCUUCACUUGGGUGAUGACAUCCGGUGGAACCAUGAGCUAUACAGCAAGUUCCAGGACCAAUUCGAGAUCAAGCGGUCAUUUAGCAUGUCGCGACCGGAGUUUAUUCGAGCUCUGAAAGAGCGUCAAUUCGGUGACUUUGUCGCUAUGUACCGUCCUUUCUGGAACACUGGUGGUGAGAUGGGGAACUGGGACGAGGAAUUGAUCGCAUUGCUCCCCGAUUCAUGCAAGGUCUUUGCUAGUGCUGGCGCUGGUUUUGACUGGGUGAACAUUGGUGCAUUGGCGAAGAAAGGUGUCGUUUACUGUAAUGCCGCAGCGGCGUGCACUGAAUCCGUAGCUGACGCUGCCAUAUGGCUCAUUAUUUCGACUUUCCGACUAUUCUCUUGGUCUGCAAUGGCAGCCCGUGCCAUCGAUGCGGACCAAUUCGCUGAUGCCAACCGUAACCUUGCCAUGGUCUCACAGAAUCCCAAGGGCCACACCCUCGGUAUUAUUGGGUUCGGUCAAAUUGGUCGCCGAACCGCAGAGAAAGCAUACAAGGCCCUCGACAUGAAAGUUCUCUACCACGACAUUGUCCAGAUGCCUAAGCAGUUAGAGCAAGUCUCGGAUGCCACAUUCCACAAGUCCAUGGACACUCUUCUCGCCGAGUCAGACUGUAUUGUCGUGGCUACCCCUUUCAGUGGUGAGACCCUUCUUAACGCGUCCUUGAUGUCAAAGAUGAAGCGUGGAUCUCGACUUGUGAACAUCGCCCGAGGCAAGCUGCUUGAUGAAGCUGCUUUGGUGGACGCGUUGAAUCGGGGCCAGCUUUCUGCCGCGGGACUAGAUGUGCACUUUAAUGAGCCACAUGUCAAUCCCGAUUUGGCGCGGAUGAAGAAUGUAGAGAUCAUGUCGCACAAUGCCGGUGCUUCAUUGGACUCACACAUUGGCUUUGAGCGUCUCGGAAUGGAGAACAUUAUCUCUUUCCAGCGGACUGGCAAGGCUAUUACUCCGGUUAAUGCCCAGUUGAUCAACAAGGCGUCGUCCUCAAAGCUUUAG